GACAGCCUCUUGAGGAAGUACAAACGAAAGGCGCGUUUUUUUCAGUGUUGAUUGCUUGGUGGGGGAAGUCAUGUUUUAUUUGGGGGCUCCAACAGGAGAUAGGACCUUAGUUGGUUAUAUUUUACCACGAAAAGCUGAAACAGCAGUGAAGGAUGAAGAUGAGUCGGAUUCGGAGGAGGAAGACGAAGACGAGCCGGAGUUCCUGGAUUUCAAAGAAAUGUCAAGUUUGUCAUCAGGGGGACUUUUGGUGAAAGGAUCGUAUCCCCGCCGCAGAGAAGUGGACUUCCAGGACACAAAUUUGAAAAAAAAGUGCCGGGUGGUGGGCAGGUUCACUCUGCUCAGCCCUUGGUGGGAGGUGACAUCUCCAGUACGACAACGGAACUCCAAAGUGUUCCUGCUGGGGUUUCCCUUCUACAGCCUGCGGACGGAGCUGGGGUCCGAUUCCAGGGCUAUCAUCUCCUUAUUCCUGAAAGCUUGCAAGGUGACCCCCGAGCAUGUCACAAAGUUUAUGGAUUGGCUGCCGGAUUGGAUGAGCCUGAAUUUUUCCAACUUGCGCGAGCUGUUGAAAGAUUUCGGGACGGAAGAUUGCAAUGGUUACAAAGCAAUUGCAGAUUCCAUGUUGUCAUCGGUGAAUCAUUCAAGUGCAGGCAGGGCUGUGUGGGCUGCCUCUAUGCACCCGUAUGUGAUGAAGUACUUGCCCGUCCUGCUUCCUCGCCAGUUUGAAAACCUUGUUGCUGCGGACGAAAAACCUCAGAAACAUGCCGGCACAGAGGACAAGAACGAGGCCCCCGAUUAUAGGUCUCUACUGGGCAAGCUGGAGGAAGUUAUCAAGACGGAUGUUUGGAAGCUGGGAUUUAGCAGUGUGACUUAUAAGGAGCUUGGCCUCAUCCGCUGUGAGGCAACUUGGGAUGCAUUCUGGCACUCUGGUCUGCUCCCACAGAUUCCGGAUCUGCAGCGCUGUGCCCUGAUGCUGUACGACAAGCUGAAGCGCCUGUGCAGGAGCAGAGGCAGCACCUUUGUGUACCAGAAAGUGCUAAGCGAUUGUCCAGACGUGAACCAGUCUGUGAAAGCUCUGGAGGCUUUGCGUUUCCUCACCGAGCAGGAAGUGGUGGUGCAGGAGAAGCAGAGGGUCUUUCUGCGGCAGUACUACAGAUACGAGACGGGGAUCGCCAAGUGCGUGGGCCGUGUGGUCGCUGGAACCCCGUGGCGCAUCGACCUGGACGUGAGGGAGGCUCUCCGCGCCGCCCGGCCGAAGGGAGGAGAGGUCGGGCAAGAUGGCCGCCGAGCGGAGGCGGAAACGGAGAGCGCCGCGGACGGUGCGCCUUCGGAUGUCACGGCCGACCCCGCCCGGCCGGAAGACCUUUCAGACGGGCGUGAGCACCGCAGCAGAGGUGCAGCGGAGGGGCAGGCGGCUGGGGAGGCGGAGCUCGACCCUGAUCAGGUCCGAGCCGCGGCGAUGAUAUGCGCCAACCCUGUAACGGUAAUCAGUGGGAAGGGGGGCUGUGGGAAGACCACGGUGGUCAGCCUGGUGUUUCGAGCGGCUCUGAAGGGACUUCCCUCGGAAGAGGAGGAGGUACGGAAGGCCUGCGAAGACUUUGAGAACGACUGCGGUGCCUCUGAGGAGUGGAACACCUUCUCGGAGGUGCCCAGGCAGGCCCAGGAUAAGACUGGCAAGGAGGCUGUAGAUUCCCAGGAGCCGAUCAGGGUCCUCCUCACUGCCCCCACCGGAAGAGCUGCGUCCCUCCUGAAGAAGAGAACAGGCCUCUCCGCGUACACGCUGCACCAGGUGGUCUGGAGUUUUAUGCAAGCAAAGAAGGCUGAGGAUGGAGCCCCAAAAGAAUGGAAGUUUGCAAAGGUUCAAGCAUUUGUAGUAGACGAAGGGAGCCUGGUGUCUGUGCAGAUACUGCAUUCAGUGUUAAACAUGCUGGUGAGGUAUGCUCAGCUGAAGAAGCUCAUACUUCUAGGUGAUGUAAGACAGCUGCCCAGCAUUGAGCCUGGGAAUGUCUUAGCUGACAUGUUCAGCAGCCUGUCUGAAGUCCACUGGGCUGUGGAAAUGAAAACCAACCAUCGUGCAGAAUCCCAGCUGAUUGUCAAUAAUGCCGGGCAAAUAUCAGACAUGGGCAAGAAGAGAAGCUAUUAUCCUCUGGAGUUUGAUGCCACCGUGGAGCUUGGUGGAAGUGGCCCUUCAGUCACAAUGCCCACGCUAGACAAGAGCUUCGUUUUCAUCUGUCUUCCCACUGAGGCGAAUACCUGUGAGCUACAAGACGCAAUCAAAUUGCUUUUGAAGUCAGCCCCUGGAUUGACGGAUCAUAACUCCUCUCAGUUCAUUGCAUUUCGAAGGAAAGAUUGUGACUUAAUAAACGAACUCUGCUGCAAGCACUAUUCCGGUCACAAUACUAGGAACCACAAAGGCAAGCUUAAGUUUCAGCCUGGCGACAAAGUGUGUUGCACGAAAAACGGCAACGUUUUGGAACGGACACGGGAAAGAGACCUUAAUCAGGAAGUGGACGAGAAGCAUAAGGAAACUGUGCGGCUCUGCAAUGGGGAAAUAUUCUUUAUAACCAGGGAUGAAGAGAAAGAUAAAAAGCGCUACCUGACGCUAGUCGACGGAGAUUGCCGGGAGCUCUGUGUGUGGUUCAGGGAGCUGCAGAGGGAGUGCCGAUUGAAACACGCCUGGGCCAGAACUAUCCACACCUUCCAGGGUUCAGAAGCAGAGACGAUAGUGUAUGCUCUCAGUGACGGAAGAGGAGAAAAUUGGCAGCAUAUUUAUACGGCGGUGACACGAGGGCGCAGACGGGUUUAUGUGGUGGGCAAUAAGGAUGCCUUGAAAAACGCGGUUGAACGCAGUAUUCCUGUCCGAAAUACACAGCUUAAGGAGAUGGUGAGAAAGGAGCUGAACAAGCGGAACCAGGCCACCUCCUCCACCCCGCACCGAGCACCGUCGGGCCCGAGUUCCACUCCAUCCACGUCGUUGUCCGCAAAUUCUCAAAGGCUCCCUCAGGACCAGUGCUCCACAACCCCUUUACUUCGGCAAAACCUCUUAGUUAGAGACUCAGGCACUGCAGAUGUGUCUCUUUUGGAUGAUAUAGCUUUCUCCCAGGCUUAUUCCUGGUCUCCCAUGGACACUCAGAGUCCCCCUGUCCCUAAUGCAGAGAAUGCUGGGAAGGGUAAGACGAAUGGCCUGGACUCUGGUGCUCUGCCUGGCCCCUGUGAUCAUCAGGGCAGCUCUGGGGAUUCUUUUAGGAACAGUGAAACAGAUUCCAGAAGUCCGUGUGGCGUUAAGAGGCAGAAAAGCACCAGCAAUGGCAGUCACACACCAUCGAAGAUCUCAAGGGAAGUGGCAGCGGAGUCUCCGCUGUCCAGCUCUCGACUUCAGUCCUUGUCACUGGCCAGUCCUAGUUCCAGCUCAAGAGCCAGGCAACUUUUCCCACCUCCACCUCCAGAGGACUGACCAACCCCAACCCGUGCAAGUUACCUUGCUGCAAGAGUUAAACUGCUACUCAGGCCAUGUUUUCAUGGACACAGCUCCGUUAAAUGGGCGUUCAGUGCUGCUUAUACUCUUGCUAUGCAAAAAAAAGUAAUAGAAAACUGGAAUCAGACUGCAAUAGAGAACACUUGACAAGAAUUUUGCACUGAAAAAGUUGCCUUAACUCUUUUAAAAAAACAUUUCUUGACAUUAAAAAGUAAGAUCUUGCAGGUUGUUUUUUUUAAAUAUUAUGUUUAGAUGUCCCAUUGCUGAGAUUUUGUAUUUAUAAACUAUACUCCAGAAACCAUAAUCAUCAAGUUUAAUUGACAAAUUAAGUUUCUUGCAAAACUGCUGACUUUAUUAGUUCAGAUCUGCAGAUGUAAUCAAAUACUAGCCACGGCUCUUUGGAGCUUGUCUGUGAGAUCAAUAAGUUAUGAUAGAAAAUGAACCUACUGUAGGAGGAGCCUGGUAUUGAGAAAAGUUGCAGAAUUUGAGAGACAGUGCAGUUUCUUGUCCUAUCUUGAGACUUGAAGACUGUGGGAGUACAGGGCGUAAUUUGGAAGUACAGAUUUUGAGUUAAUUGGCUUAAAGAAACUGGCAGAAAAUGUCUCGGAAGUAUUUUAGAGAAGGAUUUUAGAUAUUUUAGCAUGUUGCAGAGUUAAGGAGAAAACUUAACUCUGCAACUCUUAAAUAGUUUUAAGAGAAUUAGCUUUGGUCAUUUCUGCUGCGAACUGGAUGUCAGAAAAAAACAAUGACAGUGUAGCCAUCCUGUGACUCUGGCUUUGCUUGUGUUGUAACUAAUUUUAACUCUGCCAUUUCUAAACACAAUUAAACAUUUCCAAUGAACUAGUCAUGUCUGCACCUUUACCACUCUGUAUAUCUUUUAUUUUAUUUUUUUUCCAUACAAAGGUUUACAACUGUAGGAAUUCCCAAAGUUAUACAUAGACGAUAAAUAUCAUGCUACCAAAGUAUUAAAUUUGUACAAAAAUACUUUACAGAUUAUAAUACUUGUUCAUUAAAAAUAAAAAUACAAUAUUUAAGGGACUUACGUGUGAAAUUGAUUUUAAUUUACCUUAAUUUAUUUAUGGGUACCUAAUCAUUUGUUUUACUGGCAGUGCUAAAUUCCACUUAACUGUCCCCACAAGGGAGAACAA